AUGCAGCUGCACCUCUGGAUCGCCGCUGCGGCGCUGAUCCCUUCAUUGGCAUCGGCCGCAAUUUUCCCCAAAGACACGCUCGUCAAGAUGCUCGACGCGAAGAGCUUCAAAGCUGCCAUGAAGGCAAACGAAACCUCAAUCGUCGCUUUUGUGGCGCCCUGGUGUGGCCACUGCCAACGCAUGGCGCCUGAAUACAGCAAGGCUGCGCUCGGAGUGUACCCCAUGAUCCCCUUUUACGCCGUCGACUGUGACAAGCAGAGCAACAAACAGCUAUGUGCGACUCAAGGCGUGCAAGGUUUCCCCACCGUCAAGUUGUUCCCCCGGGGCGGAAAGUCCAAGCCUAUCGACUUCGACGGGCCUUCGCGGACCGCAAGCGCCUUCUACUACUUCGCUAGCCGUAACAUCCCGCAUAAUGUGAAGAAGAUCUAUCAACUCGAGGACGUCCCUGCCUGGAUCGAAGAGAACAAGGCCGAGCCCCGCGCGCUCUUGCUCAACCAGGCGAAGCAUAUACCUCUUCUGUGGCAGACCCUCGGGAACAAGUACAAGGGUCAGAUCAAGUUUUCCGUUCACCGAGAUCGCCGUGGGAAGAGCUCUGUGAAGAUGGGCCUGGAGAAGGGCGAGCCGAAGUCGUCGAAGGUGCUUGUCUAUCCUCCCGGCUCGAGCGACUUCGUCCUCUAUGAAGGCAUCCAGAAGCACGACUCGCUCUCCAAAUUCUUCGACUCCGUCCUCGAUGGCACCGCGGAUCUCAAGCUCGUGAACGCCGCUGCCGCGGAGGAAGAGUUCGUGCCGGACGAGAAGGACCUGGAGAUCGAGCGCUUGCAGGAGGCGCAACGCAUCGCGCUCGCCCACGGUGGCUUCACUGACCUCAUCGACUUCGAGGAGGCCAUCAAGAACGGCGCGGGUGCGGACUACCACGAGAAGAACGGCUACCCGGGCAUGAUGGGCGGCGGUAUGCCAAAGAAGAAGACGGAGGGGAAGGAGGGCGACGCCGAAGCUCACGCGGAGGGCAACGAGGACAUGAUUCGCAAGAUUAUGAAGCACUCACAAGAGGCUGAGGAGGCUGAGCGCAAGAAGGCGAAGAUGGCGAAGACGGACGACGCCCAGGUCGCCUUCAAGGCCGAGCCCACCGGCCAUCCGAAGACGCCCGCUGCGGGUGAAGAGGCUGCCGCCGAGACGUCGGCACCCGACGCUGAGAAGAGGGAAGUGGAGGAAGACGAAGUGCCCGUUCCCGCACCUGUCGGCGACGCGGAGGCCCCUGCACCGGCGGAAGGAACGCACUCGAAGCACGCGACGGAUGAGCUUUAG